UUUUUUUUUUUUUUUCUUGAUCAAUGUUUUCAUCCAUGAAUACACGCCACUGAAAUAGCAUAAUGUUGCCUUUUGCGUUAUAGCCUGGUUGAAAUAUGUCGCAUGUCCACGUCUCACUCAUGUCAUUCGGUGAGUUUUCAUAAUUGCACACGUGACUGAAACCGAUAUACGCUUUUUUUUCACGCGUCCCCCGCCACGCGUGAGAUAAUCGAUAGGCUUCACUGUAGAGUCCAGGGAUUACGCGUCACAUAACUGCAGUAGACUACAGCCUCCUCGUUCUCACUGGUACCAUCAUCACAUACCGCGCUGCUGAUCAUUUAAGCAGGAGAACUAGUGUCUGCCAAUUUUAGCAUUUUUAUUUUAUGUAAGCUACCCGAGGGGAAUGAGUCCUCCGUUUGCGGUUCUUGCGGUGUUGGCCGCUUGCCUUUGCGGUGUGCCUCUGCUGGUGGUUUGUAGUGACCAUCUAAAUUACAGACCCAUCAUCGGUGUUCUGGCCCAGGAGAACAUCGUAGGAGACCCUCAUGCUCAGGGAUCCUCCUACAUCGCUGCUUCCUAUGUGAAGUACCUGGAGAGUGCCGGAGCCAGAGUUGUUCCCAUAAGAAUACACCAAACAGAUGAAGAAUAUGAGAAGAUAUUUCACUCCAUAAACGGGUUGCUGCUACCAGGAGGGGAUGUAGAUCUGGAGACGUCCCAGUUCAGUCGAUUGUCAAAGAUCUUCUACGAUCUGGCCAUCAAGGCCAACGAUGCGUCCGAGUACUUCCCUAUUUGGGGUACGUGCCAAGGUCUUCAGCAGAUGACCAUACUGACCAGCAACAAGAACCUCCUGACUCUAACAGACACCAAGGCUGUGGCCCUGCCUCUCACAUUCACCCCAGCUUCACAGACCAGCCGUCUGUUCAAGACCUUCCCCGGUAGCCUGCUACAGUCUCUGUCCGAGGACAACAUCACCUCCAACUUCCACAGCUGGAGUCUGUCGCUACAGAACUACAGCCGGAAUGUCAAACUGAAACGUUUCUACAAGAUUCUGACCACCAACACAGACGGCAGGAGAGAGUUCGUUUCUACCAUGGAAGCAUACCACUAUCCAUUCUAUGCUGUCCAGUGGCACCCUGAGAAGAGUCCCUUUGAGUGGGUAGAUAAACCAGGCAUGGUCCACUCUGCUGCCUCCGUCAGAGCAUCCUUCUACACAGCACACUUCUUUGUCUCCGAGGCCAUGAAGAAUCAUCACACGUUCUCUUCAGCCAGUGAGGAGGAGAGGGCUCUCAUCUACAACUAUUCUCCUGUAUUCACAGGUCUAGAUGGUAUAUUUGUGCAAAAUUAUUACUUUGAUUAGAUUUAACAAUUGAUUAUAGUCUCUUUAAACUGUCAAAUAAACUGCAUUUGUAUUUGAGCUCUGAUUUAGCUGUAAAAAAAUAACAUGUUUUGGAUCAGUGUUUAUUGCAGAUGUUGCUGUUGGAUGAUGUUAUUUUUUAACUUGGUUUGGAGUCUUGAUGUGUUUUUUAAAAACAUGUUGAAAUAAAUUGGAUGUGAAGAUAUCGUUUUUAUUAAUGGGGAAAAAAAUGUACAUUCUCACUGCCAUUAUGACAACGUGACUGUAACGUCUGAAAACAGAACCCGAAAACUGCCUGCACACGAAUGCAAAACGUAUUCUGAAUUCAUCUGUUUGUGAUGCAUUUGAUAGCACAUUUUAGUGCCAUCACAAUAGUGGUUUUUUUAAAUUGUUUUACUCACCCAAAUUAAUGGACAAUAAAAGUCUGCAAACAAAA